CUAUCAACUGUACUAUAAUAUGGUGAACAUAAUUGGAUGACGAGAGAAAGGAGAAUCAGUUAAGGGCUGCAAAGCUCGCUUCUUUUGUGGAAUCAAGUGCUGCAGAAUCAUGAUCCUCCCAAGUACAUCAAACCCGUCGUAUGAUAUGGGAGUUGAAUACGAUGUGUUCGACGUCAACACGACAAGCAAUGGAACAAACGAUGAGGACGUGGACAUGUUUCCCACUCCGCGGUAUGUCGGACGCUUCUUACAAACGGCCACCAUGACCAUCAUCUUCGUGGCCGCGUUGCUAGGCAACAUCUUGGUCAUUCUCCUGUGCAUGAAGAAGCCCAAAGAGCUAAAGGUGUCCCGUCGCCUAAUACUUCACCUGGCCAUCUUGAACCUCUGUAUGACCAUCCUGGUGCUACCGUCGGUCAUUGUCUCUGCCGCGGCCCAAGAAUGGGUGAUGUCCAACGCUUGGUGUAUGGCUCAGGGCUUCUGCAAGAAUCUCUUCUGCGUUGCCAUCAUCCUCAACCUCGUCCUCAUAAGUGGGGACCGGUAUUUCUCGGUAGCCAAACCACUGCAUUAUCACUCAAGUGUCACCGUCAAGUACCAUGGGAUAAUCCUAGGUGUCAUAUGGUUUUUGAGCACUUUAGUGGCACUUCCACCGUUGAUCGGUUGGAACAAAAUCUCGUACCACCCAAGCCGUUACAUCUGCACUGGUAAUUGGUCAGCGGAUGAUGUCAGUUACACACUCUUUAUAUUCCUGAUUGGAUUUGUCACUCCGUUUCUUUUGAUGAUGUUCGUCUACUGGACGAUCUAUCGCGCAGCUCGCCGACUCAUGAAGCGCAAACAAGGACGUCGGCUGAGCCAGGACGUUACUGAUUCAGGGUCCGGCUCAGGUGGGGGAUCUGUCCGCGUAAGUUCUAACGCUCAUCAUUCAUCCGAACAGAGCGGGGACAGUCGUAGCUCUUCGCGCCGCAAUAGAAGUAGCAUAUUUAACCGAAACAGCAGCAAGCGCAGCAAUCGUAUCAACGUAACCGACGAAUGGAAAAUUGCGAAGACAGGUGUGAUCGUGAUGGCAUCUUUCGUCAUCUGCUGGUUGCCUUAUUAUAUCGUUCUUAUGGUUGACGCUGCGUAUGGUUUUGGAACAACAGUUCCCCUUUCAAUGCCUUAUGCUUGGUGGGAAUGCUUCGCCAUGUGGAUGGCACUUAGUAGCUGUGCCAUCAAUCCCUAUGUCUACGUCUUGCGCAGUCCACCUAUGCGCAAACAGGCAAGCAAGGCCGCCCAUAAUGUCCUUGCCCGCUGCAGACAAUGUUGCGAAGAAGACUCGCGGACGAUUCGCCGCCGCCAAUCCGAGAAAACGGGACGCUAUUCGUUUAUGAGGAUUAGCAACCGAUUCAGCAGUCGCAAACGACCAACAAAGAAACAAAAUGUUAAGGACAAGCAUCCCCAGGCAAAUGAUAAACACGAACCUGAAGCGCAGCAUAUGAUGCAGGAGAAAAUAGAUCCGAAGACGACUCCUCAAACAGUAGACCAGGUAGAUGGGGUGCCACCGGAGGCCGAAAUCGAACUCGUGUCUCACAGAAAGAUAGACGUCUGAAACUGUGGUAGUAUUGGUGAAUAAACCCGUAAACUGCAUGCUUACUGUUGUUUUGGCAUCAUGAUUUAACGCAGCGUUUUAUCAAGGAACAGUGAGAAUGUAAUGUGGUGUCAAGGCGGUAGGACACAUCAGAUAUUAGGGGGCUUCUGUUUUUAUAUCAUACUAAGAACUGCAUCAAAAAGGUAUUCAUAAAAUGUUUACAGUGUUGACAUGGUUGAUGAUUUGAUAAACACUGAUGAAAAAAAUGACUUGGUAAGACUAUUUAGUGAAGAAUUGUUGUUAACUGAUGUGCCCCCUAAAAGAAACCAAUCAAACUAUAGAGGACCACAGAAUCAACCUAGGCUCUACGGGGAAAGAGAUUUGAGACUUUUUAUUCUGAUUUAAAAUUCAUUCAAAAUCUACCGAAUAGACCACAUGUCUCUCCCAUGGAGCGAGCCAGACAUUUUCUGAACACUGAAUUUGUAUGUCAAUAAAUAUUCCACCAUGUAGAGGGAAGGAUUAUUAAGGGGUAUACUUAAGGGUAGUUUUUCUAAAUUGGUUAUUGUCAAAGAAGUAGCUAUCCGUGGUAGUUGUUUGAAUUAAGGCAGUAUGAUCGUUUAUUUUUCGCAAACUCAGCCCCGGAAUGGAGUCAACUAUUUUUAGAUCGCUAACUCUACGUUGAAUAAGCAAAAUUAUGGAAAUUAAUAUUAUCCCAAAAGUGUUGUACGGCUAUAUGUUUUUAUGUUGCAGAUUGUUCAGUGAAUUGUGUUUAAAAAAUAAAACUGACGAUUACGAAAUAAGUCUGUGUUUGUAAGCGUUUGGUGGUAUACACAAACUGUCGGUUAUGUUAAUGAUUUUGUGGUAAAUAAAUGUGGUCGUGAAAACACUGGAAAACAUUAAUUUCUUCUUUAUUAAAACCUUCUAAACCUA